UAUAAUCACAUAUACAGUAUAAAUACUGUAGUUGGUAGUACUGUGGUUGGUAUUUGGAGAUAGAAAAACAACUCACAACUCCGCACGCUGGGUGGCAGUAUAAUCCGAUACAUCCAAACAAACCCCAGAAGAAGACUGGUCUCCAGGAUACAGAGGAAGAAAGCGUCCUCCUGUUAGACUAACGGUUGCAGAGAUGCUACCAGUGGAUCGUCUCCACCUCAAACAUGUCCUGCAGACAGUUGGUGCACUGGAGGCAACUGUCCUCCGCAGCUUUGGUCCAGAGGGAGGACAGGUGCUGUUCACCCGAGACACAGGACAGGCCAUGUUGAGCCGCAGUGGGACACGCAUCCUCAAAGCACUGCGGCUUGAAUAUCCACUCGCUAGGAUGGUGGUGGAGUGUGUCUGGAAGCAUAGCAGUUCAACUGGAGAUGGAUCCAAGACCUUUAUAUUGCUGCUGGCAUCAUUACUGCGAAUGAUUCAUACGAAAGCUUGCAAGGAGCCUAAUGUGUCUCACACUUAUAACUCUAGAGAGGCGGCAGAAGCUGCCACUGCCAGACGCUUUGCCGAUGAACUGCUCACAUUUGCAUUGGAGGAAUUGGAGGAUCUCAUCGCUGUAGGAGUGGCCCCGUAUGGAUUCUGUGUUUCGUGGGAGGAUUUCACUGCAAAAUCACCAGCUCCUCACUCAGACCCUCACUGCGUUCAAAAGCUGCUGGCAUCCUUCUUUCACACCCGUCUCGGCCGCACCCACUGUGACUUCAUUAGCAACCUCACCUGCAAAGUUCUCAGGCACUGGACGUUUGUAAAUGACCUACCUUCGUCGGCACUUCACUUUGUAAAUGACAACUUCCCUGCCCUGCAUACGGCUGUGUCAGGCUUCCCUAUGAGCUGCUCACGUUUGAUUGAGGGGCAAGUCAUUCACCGGGACUUUGCUGUGCCCUGCCCUCGGACUGAAGACCAGCCAGUUAAAGCUGUAGUAUUCAGCGGGUACCUGCAGCCCAAAAUACUCAGUGCUGGAGAUGUGCUUAAGGUGGGAUGUGGAGGCAAAGUGACUGAGGAGAAAAGCUUUGUGGAGUUCAGUGCCUGGUCAGAAAGGUCACUACAGUGCGUCAUUGCAAACCUGCAGCGUUUGGGUGUCUCUGUGCUUCUCUCUGCAGUGAAACAGUCCGCGGCUGUUCUGGCUUUAGCUUCCCAGGCACAGAUGUGUGUUGUGGAGUGCAUCAGCAAAGAUGAGCUGGCCCUAUUUGCCAAACUGAGUGGAACCACACCAGUGUCAGAGUGCUGGACGAUUGAAUCGAGGAAUAUUUCUACUCUGACCUUUUGCCGGCCAAUACUACUGGGAGCACAUAGAUACGUUCACGUGGCUUUCCAGGAUUUAGAGAAGACGCUCACAGUGGAACCCUGUAGUUUGGUCAUUUGUGGCGCAGGGGAAGGCCAGACAGACCAGGUUGCAUGUGCGUUUCAAGAUGCCAUCCGCAUGCUACUUGUAACUUUCCAGCCCAUGGGAAGGACUUCAACAACAGCAUCAAAAAGGACAAACCAGUUUCACAGUAGCACAUCCUCACAUGCAUCUGAUCACUCUGAUAGAACCACCCACACAUCCUCCAAUGAAACUCUCUCUCAGCAGUGUGUGUUGGAGCCAGUCUGUGUUAUACCUGCCGGUGGAACAUUCGAGUUUCUCUUAAACCAUGCCCUCUUACAACAUGCCCGCUGUCGCUGUGUUUCAAAUGGUACAAAGAUGAGUACCCCUGCUGUUUUCCAGCUCUUGGCAAGUGCUCUCCUGAGUGUACCACAACAGAUUUACUCCCACAGUGCGCGACACUUCCUACAGAUUCAAACCAGGAUCCUCGGUUUUCUUCCAAAAGAUUCCCACACGUUCAGCCUCCUUUCUAAACAAAAACCCAGCACAAGUCUCAUACAGGCUUGUUCUACUGGUGAAUUUCCUGCAGCGGAUUGUAAACUGAGCAUGCGUUGUUGCAGAAAGACUGACGUAUUAUCCAACGCUUUUAUGUUGGACUCGGGCCUUGAAUCUGUCUCUUGCAAAUACCAGCUGCUUCUGGCCGUACUGCAGUGUGUCAGGAGUGUCCUCCGGGUCGACAUGGUGCUGCACACACACUCUGCCUUGCACACACAGUCACGCAGACCCACAGACGUUUCCUCGGAGAGCUCAGAGGAUGAGGCUGAAGAUUGAGAUUGUAUUGUGUCCCGUGUUAAAAACUAUAAACAUAUUUUUUCUUGGCACUCGGGUGUCUUUCAGAAGUUAUUAUUUGAACUUGGCUGCUACAGUUUAAAUAAAUGUUAUAGCCACAUUAUUUUUUGGUUAUCCCACUGCAAUAUAUUUGUAAUCCAUUACUACACAGAAAGUUAUUUUCAAUUAUUGCUAUUUUAGCAGUAAAGAGAAAAUGAUAACGUUUUAUUCCCUGUAUUAAAGUACACAGUGUCCAAUUGUUAUCAAUUACAUUUCGUUAAUUUUAAGUUAAAAUGUUUUGUAGGUGUUGAUGUUGGCUCAUCUAUCUGUUGCUUCCCAUUAUGUUAACUUUUUUCCUCCUUAUCUCAGUUUUCCUGCCCUCUUCCUUUUGCCAGUUAGCAUUCAGCUGUAUAAAAGUCACACAAGCUCAACAACAAGGACACGUCGACUCACAUAUUUACACACACAACUUUUUAUAAUCAGUGUUAUCUCCAUAAUAGGGGUGGGGCAUCUGAACAGCAACACAAGGCUGUCAACAACCAAAUCAAAGUGCACUUCCUCGUGCUGUUAUCAGAGGAAUGCUGCUCUGACCUCUUUUUGGGGAACUGGUGAGUCAUGAAAGAUUAACUUUAAUCAUAGCCAGACACAUAAGUAAACUGUUUACUGUAAUCUCUGUGUGCAACUUAUUUUGAAAUUAAUUGUGAUGGGGUCAAGUCGAACAAAGACACUUCUUGGCUGUCUUUCUGUUUUGGUCUUGAAUAUCAAAGAGGUGGGAACCGGGGGGAGUUUUCCGUUUGUGGUUUUCCAUUGUGGACAUGGAAAAGUGUUUUCAGCUUUGUCACGGUACCCACACCCUG